UUCGCGCUGUCACCAUGGAGGUCCUUAGCAACCCCGGAACUGUCAUUAUCUGCGAUACGGCGCUGUACUCCGGAAGACCGUUACUGAACAGCUUCCUUGUGGCUAACUUGCAGAGAUCAGAGUGUGUUCAUGUCGUUGGGUUUGAAGUUUCUCAAGAAGAGUUUUUUGUGAGUUUUACAGAGGAAGUAAAAUCAAGGGUGACAUUUCAUGAUGGUUUCUCAGACCCUCUUCACUGGAAUUCAGAGUCGGGAUGUUUCAGGAGGGAUGAUUUCACAGCUGAUAACAUAUUGGAUCGCAUUGGACACUCAAAAGUUCCUGUUACCAUUGUCUUGGACUCGUUGAGUUGGAUCCUGUCGCGAUGUUCCAUGACCUCUGUCUGCCACACUCUCCUCAAUCUGUCAAAAAGUCGGAUUACACCAGGGUCCUGUGAUAUUCGCCUGCUGGCAUUACUGCAUGUUGAUCUACAUUCUCCAGGGGUGGUCAGCUCGGUAUGUUCCCUCGCUGACACGGUCAUUCAUGUGAAUGAAAGGGGGGAGCGAUUUCGCACCACUGUCAAACAUCGCAAGAAAACUGGAAAAAUAGUUAUCACUGGCCUGGAGUUCAGUAUCAACGAUUCAUUCGGUCUGGAAAUAUUAACUGGCCGAGAGACCGAGCCACAAAGAACCUCGGAGGAGGUGGAUCCAACCAUGAACCUAACCUUUAACCUCCAUCUAUCGGAUGCUGAGCGUCAACUCAAGGAGUCUGCGGCUCUUCCAUACGUGUUUAGUGCAAAAAAAAAGAUCUCCCUCCUUGACGCCUCUAGCAGCUCUGCAAAAAUAUUUUAUGACCUAGAACCUGGUGACAAUAUGGAUGAAGAGGAUCCAGAUGAUGACCUCGAUGUGUGAUGCCUCCUGUGGAGGAGACUUUGUAUGAGAUCCAGUUGGAGAUCGGCUGAGAAUCCUGAUUAAGUGCUAAUGUAGAAAGAAUUUGUGUUGAAUUUUUGAUUUUUCCAUUAAAAUUAUUUAUAAGUGAA